CGCAUAUGCCGAACUUUCACACGGAAAAAAACAGUGGGGUGGUUGAAAGUAAGAAACAGAGAUUGAGGGUCGAAGUUAGGCAGCUGAAGAAGACGAAGUGCGAUUUUGGGGUGUGGAAUUUUGCAUUGAUUUAUUUGCAUUGGAGAAAAGAAAAAAGAAGUUAUAUAAAGACCGGAUGAGCAAGGAAGUUUUGCCCUAUUCAGCUUUUCUUUUAGUUGGGAUCUGCAAAGUUGCAAAUGAGUAAAGGAGAGAGUUGUGUCCCGGAGACCCGAAUAGUGAGGAACUCGUAGCCGCUGGCUUCAGGUCACUAAAGCUAGCGGAGCUGGUUCCUGUAUCGUAACACAUACAGGCACGCAGUCCAGUGAAGAGGAAGGCACUCCGGACGUGAGCAAGUGAAAAAAAAACACUGCAGAAAACUCGACGAUUAAAGUGAGUCGGAAACCUGGGGUAAAACCUAAAUUUUGAUACUUCGAUGAUUGGUGUUUUUAGGAUUCUUCAAACUAGGAACACUUUAAGCUGCAAGCCAGUCAAAGGGUAACUUUACCAUGAGAAGAUAGCACCAAUUUUCUACUUUGACACCGAGAAAGCUUGUCCUGAUGUUGACAGUAAUCAUGGAUGAGCAAGAAGCCCUGAACUCGAUUAUGAAAGAUUUGGCUGCUCUGGGCAAGUGCCGUAAAUUGCUGGAUUAUGACACUGGCAGGAACAAGCAGAAGGAAGUGAGGAUCAAAUUUGAGCAUGAGGGAGAAAAAAGGGUCAUGCAGUUCUCCAGACCAGUAAAGUUAAAAGACAUCCUUCAAAAGGUCAAGGAUGCCUUUGGGCAACAAAUGGAGUUACACUUAAUUAACAACGAGCAUCGGACUCCAUUACGAUGCCAGAAUGAAUUGGACAAAGCCAUUGAGCACUUGGACCUAAACUCCAGUAUAAAAACCUUAAGGAUUUUGGUCAUGCCUCGAAAGAACAUUCAUAUGAAUUGUAAAACUGCAGAGAAAUUGCCCGAGAUUAGGAUGUCCAAGUCGAUGGGAGACUUGUUGGGGUCAUUGUACAAAGGGAACGAGCGCCAUCGGAAGCUGUCAACAGGCUCCCUGCACACUGGCCGUAGUUCACCUCCACCUGGGAGUGUUCCUGAUGGGCAGCAGCAAUUUGCACGUCAAGGAUCUUAUACCAGCAUCCACAGCGAGGGAGAAUUCAUUCCGGAGACUUUGGAACAAAAUAUGUUGGACCCCUUCAGCAGUGCUGAAGCAUCACUUUCUGGAAGUUGUCAAUCACUGGACAGAUCGAUAGACAGUCCAUCUUUCAGCCAGUCUGGACUUGCAAGGAGUUAUCCUGAUGAAUGCUUCAACUUUAAAGAUCACGCUAAACAAUCUUAUGAAAGAGCAGGAAAAGGUGGAACAUACCCACGACAAUUUCCAUUUUCAAACCACCGCAAAGACUACAGUGAUGGGAGAAGGACUUUUCCACGAAGCUUCAUCCAUCAAGAAAAUCUUUUCCAACUAGUUCCUUCCAUUCGGUCACAUAGUACCAAUGGGGACAGCAUAGGGAUUACUUUGCAGUCUGAUGACAACUGGACCAUUCGAUGGAGCAGCGAAGAUAAAAAUUGUUUCAAAAUUCAUGAUAGGCAUUUGUCUUCAGCGUCACCGAGAGCUCCCAUCAACUGGAGGCUAGGAAAAUUUCUUGGACGGGGAGCAUUUGGAGAAGUUUACCUGUGCUACGAUGCUGACACGGGUAGAGAACUAGCAGUCAAGCAAGUGGCUUUUGAUGCAGAUUGCCAAGAAACAAGCAAGGAAGUCAACGCUUUGGAAUGUGAAAUUCAGUUAUUAAAGAAUCUUCGCCAUGAUAGGAUAGUGCAGUAUUAUGGGUCACUCCGGGACUCAAUGGAAAGAAAGUUGUCAAUCUUUGUAGAAUAUAUGCCAGGUGGCUCUGUCAAGGACCAAUUAAAAGCUUAUGGAGCUCUCACUGAAAAUGUCACCCGAAAGUACACCAAACAGAUACUAGAAGGGGUUUCCUACCUGCACAGCAAUAUGAUUGUACACAGAGAUAUUAAAGGUGCCAACAUAUUGAGAGACUCUGUAGGGAACAUCAAACUGGGCGACUUUGGGGCCAGCAAGCGUUUGCAGACUAUUUGUAUGUCAGGGACAGGCAUUAAAUCAGUAACAGGAACACCCUACUGGAUGAGCCCUGAAGUUAUUAGUGGAGAAGGAUAUGGCAGGAAAGCAGAUGUCUGGAGCGUCGGGUGCACCAUUGUAGAAAUGCUGACCGAGAAGCCCCCAUGGGCAGAGUUUGAAGCCAUGGCAGCUAUCUUCAAAAUUGCCACUCAGCCAACUAAACCCCAGCUUCCAGACAGUGUCUCAAACUCCUGCCGUGGGUUCCUGAAGCAGAUAUUCGUAGAGGAGAAACGGAGACCAUCAGCAGAUGAGCUUCUGAGACAUGCCUUCAUUCAGUAUAACCCACUGUUUGUUUGAAGAGUAUAAUGUUGGACUUUGAAAUUGGUGUUGACUCUUUUUCACGGCUCUUUCCAAAAUGAUAAUUUUUAGCAUUGUACAUAUUAUUUGUAAACAAAGAAAAGCACAAAACUUAACAACAGUCCAAUGUAUUUGCACAUUUUGUUUUUCCCUCCUAGGACAGUCCCUCAUCUCUACUAGUGCUCUAGUAUAAAUGAGGAAUGACGUAAAUUUUCAACGCAGAAGGAAAAGUAGGAAAUUCUGUACAAUUCUCAGAUAUUGUGCUUGUAUUUGCGCAUUUUCCCAUGAUUUUUCCAGAACAAGACCAUCUCAUCUUCAUGGAAUAUAAACAGUAAAUGUACAUUGUGCAGUAUAGUCAAAUGAAGUUACCAUGUGACUGACAGAUUAUAUUUUGCAAAGGAAAGUUUGGUGCCAAAAUGCCCUGGAUUCAUCUUCCAUUCCAUGUUUUCAUAUAUCUGUGAAUAAAAGAAAAAUAGUUCAGACCUUUGACAUACUUGCAGCGUAGUUAAUUGAUUUAACAAAAGAUGUUAGGCUCUUAAUACUGAAAUGCUCUAAUUCUGAGCCUUUCUUUAUUCAUUUUUCUAUUCUACUGUUGACUUGUAUAUAUUAUUGACUUUUAAAUAUAACUGUUUAUUUGAGAGCUAUUUUGUAUAAAAACAUGUAAUCCUCCUUUCAGUUGAUGGAAUUAAAGGAUCAUUGAAUUGAA